CUUCACUGUGACAGCAGCCAAAUUGUCAGCUCCACACAAUGAAUGGAGGCAUUUGACCCUUUCCUAACCCCCAGCCCCGGGACUGACUGCACACACAACUCACACUCCCAGCAGUGAAGGUGUUAAACCCCAAAAAGGAGCUUGACACUAGUGUUUUUGCUCCACCCAGACAUUUUUCCCCCCCUCUCUAGAGCUCACAUUUCUGCUAAGGCAUGAAGGCAAGAAGAAGUACAGCUUCCUAUUAUCCCAAGUGACAGGGAGCCUGAGUGAAGCCGGGACCCUUCCUGCCAUGUCUCGGGGGCAAAAAGAAGCCUGAAGAGGUCUGAUCGCAUCUGGAGAUGGGGUUACUGGGGGUGGCCAGGAGGGCGACCCUUCUGCUGCUGCUGGUGGGGCUGCUGAUCCUGAAGAAGGCGAGCGGCUCCUGCGAUGACGUUCCAGAAUGCAGAUCAAUCAGUAUCCAAACCACAACGUCCCAGAUCACCGUGGCCAACAUGGCGCAGGGGUUUGCCCUGCAGAAUAUUACGUAUUUAAACGGGACAGUUCCCCCAUCAUCUUCUAUCAGUAAUAACGUAUCUGUAACGGGUUUAACGUCUGGCACUCGAUUCUUACUCCAGUACGGAAACUCCUCACUAAGAUGCUGCCAGAACGUUACAACAAAACCCAUGGUGAUAAACCAGCUCCGAGACAAUAUUGUGACUUCAGAUUCUAUAUCCCUGACUUGGAUUAAACCUAAUGAGUAUAACAGUGAUUACUCCUACCGAGUACAAGCCAACUCAUCGGCUGGGAUGCUGAUCAAUGAAACAAUCGUAACAUCUGAGUCAGUUACAGUAACUAAUCUGACACCCGGGGAAACAUAUACAUUCACCGUGUUUACAAGAGCGGCCGAUGGCAUCACCGAGAGUCAGCCGGCCUCGUAUACGACCUGCACAUUACCCGGAGCCCCUCAGAAUAUCUCAGUCCAACAUUACAAUUCUACGAAUUCCCUUCUGGUGACCUGGAUAGAACCACCAGGGAAAGUGAGUUAUUACAAUGUUACUCUGAGAGGAGUCGUCAAUCAAACAACCCAAACUAAUUCUACCCGAGUGAAUUUCAACGACUUACUCCCGGGCAGAGAAUACUCGGUCACUAUACAGACAGUGAGCGGGACCUGCAGCCGGACAUCAGAUCCAGUGAAGGAGGCCACGUACCCGACCCCUCCAGGCCCCAUAACCUUUCUCUCCAUUGGAACAAAGAGCGUUUCAUUGUCCUGGGGAGACCCAAUAAAUAUGACCAACGCGGAGAAGUUUUUUAAUAUAACUUAUAGGACUUCUUCAGAUACAAGGAGUGUCUCAAGUAACGUGUCAAACAUCAACCUCCAGAACCUCACAUCUGGGACAAAGUACACUAUUUCUGUAGUAACAGUUGGAGCCCGGGAGUAUCAGAGUCCUGCUGUCAGUAGAGAUGUUUACACGAAACCCAUGGUGAUAAACCAGCUCCAAAACAAUAUGACUUCAGAAUCUAUAUCCCUGACUUGGAAUAAAUCUGAUGAGUAUAACAGUGAUUACUCCUACCGAGUACAAACCAACUCAUCGGCUGGGAUGCUGGUCAAUGAAACAAUCGUAAGAUCUGAAUCAGUUACAGUAACUAAUCUGACAGCCGGGGAAACGUAUACAUUCACCGUGUUUACAAGAGCGGCCGAUGGCGUCACCGAGAGUCAGCCGGCCUCGUAUACGACCUGCACAUUACCCGGCACCCCUCAGAAUAUCUCAGUCCAACAUUACAAUUCCACGAAUUCCCUUCUGGUGACCUGGAUAGAACCACCAGGGAAAGUGAGUUAUUACAAUGUUACUCUGAGAGGAGUCGUCAGUCAAAUAACCCAAACUAAUUCUACAGGAGUGAAUUUCACCGACUUACUCCCGGGCAGAGAAUACUCGGUCACUAUACUGACAGUGAGCGGGACCUGCAGCCGGACAUCAGAUCCAGUGAAGGAGGCCACGUACCCGACCCCUCCAGGCGCCAUAACCUUUCUCUCCAUUGAAACAAAGAGCGUUUCAUUGUCCUGGGGAGACCCAAUAAAUAUGACCAACGCGGAGAAGUUUUUUAAUAUAACUUAUAGGACUUCUUCAGAUACAAGGAGUGUCUCAAGUAACGUGUCAAACAUCAACCUCCAGAACCUCACAUCUGGGACAAAGUACACUUUUUCUGUAGUAACAGUUGGAGCCCGGGAGUAUCAGAGUUCUGCUGUCAGUAGAGAUGUUUACACAAAACCCAUGGUGAUAAACCAGCUGCGAGAGAACAUUGUGACUUCAGAUUCUAUAUCCCUGACUUGGAAUAAAUCUGAUGAGUAUAACAGUGAUUACUCCUACCGAGUACAAACCAACUUAUCGGCUGGGAUGCUGAUCAAUGAAACAAUCGUAAGAUCUGAAUCAGUUACAGUAACUAAUCUGACAGCCGGGGAAACGUAUACAUUCACCGUGUUUACAAGAGCAGCCGAUGGCAUCACCGAGAGUCAGCCGACCUCGUAUACGACCUGCACAUUACCCGGCGCCCCUCAGAAUAUCUCAGUCCAACAUUACAAUUCUAUGAAUUCCCUUCUGGUGACCUGGAUAGAACCACCAGGGAAAGUGAGUUAUUACAAUGUUACUCUGAGAGGAGUCGUCAAUCAAACAACCCAAACGAAUUCUCCCCGAGUGAAUUUCACCGACUUACUCCCGGGCAGAGAAUACUCGGUCACUAUACUGACAGUGAGCGGGACCUGCAGCCGGACAUCAGAUCCAGUGAAGGAGGCCACGUACCCGACCCCUCCAGGCUCCAUAACCUUUCUCUCCAUUGGAACAAAGAGCGUUUCAUUGUUGUGGGGAGACACAAUAAAUAUGACCAACACAGAGAAGUCUUUUAAUGUAACUUAUAGGACUUCUUCAGAUACAAGGAGUGUCUCAAGUAACGUGUCAAACAUCAACCUCCAGAACCUCACAUCUGGGACAAAGUACACUAUUUCUGUAGUAACAGUUGGAGCCCGGGAGUAUCAGAGUUCUGCUGUCAGUAGAGAUGUUUACACAAAACCCAUGGUGAUAAACCAGCUGCAAAAGAACAAUUUGACUUCAGAAUCUAUAUCCCUGACUUGGAAUAAAUCUAAUGAGUAUAACAGUGAUUACUCCUACCGAGUACAAACCAACUCAUCGGCUGGGAUGCUGAUCAAUGAAACUAUCGUAAGAUCUGAAUCAGUUACAGUAACUAAUCUGACACCCGGGGAAACGUAUACAUUCACCGUGUUUACAAGAGCGGCCGAUGGCGUCACCGAGAGUCAGCCGGCCUCGUAUACGACCUGCACAUUACCCGGCACCCCUCAGAAUAUCUCAGUCCAACAUUACAAUUCCACGAAUUCCCUUCUGGUGACCUGGAUAGAACCACCAGGGAAAGUGAGUUAUUACAAUGUUACUCUGAGAGGAGUCGUCAGUCAAAUAACCCAAACUAAUUCUACAGGAGUGAAUUUCACCGACUUACUCCCGGGCAGAGAAUACUCGGUCACUAUACUGACAGUGAGCGGGACCUGCAGCCGGACAUCAGAUCCAGUGAAGGAGGCCACGUACCCGACCCCUCCAGGCGCCAUAACCUUUCUCUCCAUUGAAACAAAGAGCGUUUCAUUGUCCUGGGGAGACCCAAUAAAUAUGACCAACGCGGAGAAGUUUUUUAAUAUAACUUAUAGGACUUCUUCAGAUACAAGGAGUGUCUCAAGUAACGUGUCAAACAUCAACCUCCAGAACCUCACAUCUGGGACAAAGUACACUUUUUCUGUAGUAACAGUUGGAGCCCGGGAGUAUCAGAGUUCUGCUGUCAGUAGAGAUGUUUACACAAAACCCAUGGUGAUAAACCAGCUGCGAGAGAACAUUGUGACUUCAGAUUCUAUAUCCCUGACUUGGAAUAAAUCUGAUGAGUAUAACAGUGAUUACUCCUACCGAGUACAAACCAACUUAUCGGCUGGGAUGCUGAUCAAUGAAACAAUCGUAAGAUCUGAAUCAGUUACAGUAACUAAUCUGACAGCCGGGGAAACGUAUACAUUCACCGUGUUUACAAGAGCAGCCGAUGGCAUCACCGAGAGUCAGCCGACCUCGUAUACGACCUGCACAUUACCCGGCGCCCCUCAGAAUAUCUCAGUCCAACAUUACAAUUCUAUGAAUUCCCUUCUGGUGACCUGGAUAGAACCACCAGGGAAAGUGAGUUAUUACAAUGUUACUCUGAGAGGAGUCGUCAAUCAAACAACCCAAACGAAUUCUCCCCGAGUGAAUUUCACCGACUUACUCCCGGGCAGAGAAUACUCGGUCACUAUACUGACAGUGAGCGGGACCUGCAGCCGGACAUCAGAUCCAGUGAAGGAGGCCACGUACCCGACCCCUCCAGGCUCCAUAACCUUUCUCUCCAUUGGAACAAAGAGCGUUUCAUUGUCGUGGGGAGACACAAUAAAUAUGACCAACACAGAGAAGUCUUUUAAUGUAACUUAUAGGACUUCUUCAGAUACAAGGAGUGUCUCAAGUAACGUGUCAAACAUCAACCUCCAGAACCUCACAUCUGGGACAAAGUACACUAUUUCUGUAGUAACAGUUGGAGCCCGGGAGUAUCAGAGUUCUGCUGUCAGUAGAGAUGUUUACACAAAACCCAUGGUGAUAAACCAGCUGCAAAAGAACAAUUUGACUUCAGAAUCUAUAUCCCUGACUUGGAAUAAAUCUAAUGAGUAUAACAGUGAUUACUCCUACCGAGUACAAACCAACUCAUCGGCUGGGAUGCUGAUCAAUGAAACAAUCGUAAGAUCUGAAUCAGUUACAGUAACUAAUCUGACACCCGGGGAAACGUAUACAUUCACCGUGUUUACAAGAGCGGCCGAUGGCCUCACCGAGAGUCAGCCGACCUCGUAUACGACCUGCACAUGUGAGUACUUACCCAGAGACCCUCAGAAUAUCUCAGUCCAACAUUACAAUUCCACGAAUUCCCUUCUGGUGACCUGGAUAGAACCACCAGGGAAAGUGAGUUAUUACAAUGUUACUCUGAGAGGAGUCGUCAAUCAAACAACCCAAACUAAUUCUACCCGAGUGAAUUUCACCGACUUACUCCCGGGCAGAGAAUACUCGGUCACUAUACAGACAGUGAGCGGGACCUGCAGCCGGACAUCAGAUCCAGUGAAGGAGGCCACGUACCCGACCCCUCCAGGCUCCAUAACCUUUCUCUCCAUUGGAACAAAGACCGUUUCAUUGUCCUGGGGAGACCCAAUAAAUAUGACCAACGCGGAGAAGUUUUUUAAUAUAACUUAUAGAACUUCUUCAGAUACAAGGAGUGUCUCAAGUAACGUGUCAAACAUCAACCUCCAGAACCUCACAUCUGGGACAAAGUACACUAUUUCUGUAGUAACAGUUGGAGCCCGAGAGUAUCAGAGUUCUGCUGUCAGUAGAGAUGUUUACACAAAACCCAUGGUGAUAAACCAGCUGCAAAAGAACAAUUUGACUUCAGAAUCUAUAUCUCUGACUUGGAAUAAAUCUGAUGAGUAUAACAGUGAUUACUCCUACCGAGUACAAACCAACUCAUCGGCUGGGAUGCUGAUCAAUGAAACUAUCGUAAGAUCUGAAUCAGUUACAGUAACUAAUCUGACAGCCGGGGAAACGUAUACAUUCACCGUGUUUACAAGAGCGGCCGAUGGCGUCACCGAGAGUCAGCCGGCCUCCUAUACGACCUGCACAUUACCCGGCACCCCUCAGAAUAUCUCAAUCCAACAUCACAAUUCUAUGAAUUCCCUUCUGGUGACCUGGAUAGAACCACCAGGGAAAGUGAGUUAUUACAAUGUUACUCUGAGAGGAGUCGUCAAUCAAACAACCCAAACUAAUUCUACCCGAGUGAAUUUCACCGACUUACUCCCGGGCAGAGAAUACUCGGUCACUAUACAGACAGUGAGCGGGACCUGCAGCCGGACAUCAGAUCCAGUGAAGGAGGCCACGUACCCGACCCCUCCAGGCCCCAUAACCUUUCUCUCCAUUGAAACAAAGAGCGUUUCAUUGUCCUGGGGAGACCCAAUAAAUAUGACCAACGCAGAGAAGUUUUUUAAUAUAACUUAUAGGACUUCUUCAGAUACAAGGAGUGUCUCAAGUAACGUGUCAAACAUCAACCUCCAGAACCUCACAUCUGGGACAAAGUACACUAUUUCUGUAGUAACAGUUGGAGCCCGGGAGUAUCAGAGUUCUGCUGUCAGUAGAGAUGUUUACACAAAACCCAUGGUGAUAAACCAGCUGCGAGAGAACAUUGUGACUUCAGAAUCUAUAUCCCUGACUUGGAAUAAAUCUGAUGAGUAUAACAGUGAUUACUCCUACCGAGUACAAACCAACUCAUCGGCUGGGAUGCUGAUCAAUGAAACAAUCGUAAGAUCUGAAUCAGUUACAGUAACUAAUCUGACAGCCGGGGAAACGUAUACAUUCACCGUGUUUACAAGAGCGGCCGAUGGCAUCACCGAGAGUCAGCCGGCCUCGUAUACGACCUGCACAUUACCCGGCACCCCUCAGAAUAUCUCAGUCCAACAUUACAAUUCUAUGAAUUCCCUUCUGGUGACCUGGAUAGAACCACCAGGGAAAGUGAGUUAUUACAAUGUUACUCUGAGAGGAGUCGUCAAUCAAACAACCCAAACUAAUUCUACCCGAGUGAAUUUCACCGACUUACUCCCGGGCAGAGAAUACUCGGUCACUAUACAGACAGUGAGCGGGACCUGCAGCCGGACAUCAGAUCCAGUGAAGGAGGCCACGUACCCGACCUCUCCAGGCGCCAUAACCUUUCUCUCCAUUGAAACAAAGAGCGUUUCAUUGUCGUGGGGAGACCCAAUAAAUAUGACCAACGCGGAGAAGUUUUUUAAUAUAACUUAUAGGACUUCUUCAGAUACAAGGAGUGUCUCAAGUAACGUGUCAAACAUCAACCUCCAGAACCUCACAUCUGGGACAAAGUACACUAUUUCUGUAGUAACAGUUGGAGCCCGGGAGUAUCAGAGUUCUGCUGUCAGUAGAGAUGUUUACACAAAACCCAUGGUGAUAAACCAGCUCCAAAACAAUGUGACUUCAGAAUCUAUAUCCCUGACUUGGAAUAAACCUAAUGAGUAUAACAAUGAUUACUCCUACCGAGUACAAGCCAACUCAUCGGCUGGGAUGCUGAUCAAUGAAACUAUCGUAAGAUCUGAAUCAGUUACAGUAACUAAUCUGACACCCGGGGAAACGUAUACAUUCACCGUGUUUACAAGAGCGGCCGAUGGUGUCACCGAGAGUCAGCCGGCCUCGUAUACGACCUGCACUGUACCUGGGAUUCCUGGAAAUAUCAUCGUGAAAAAUAACAAUUCUACGAAUUCCAUUCUGGUGACCUGGGUAGAACCACCAGGGAAAGUGAGUUAUUACAAUGUUACUCUAAGAGGAGUCGUCAGUCAAACAACCCAAGCUAAUUCUACCCGAGUGAAUUUCACCGACUUACUCCCGGGCAGAGAAUACUCGGUCACUAUACUGACAGUGAGCGGGAACUGCAGCCGGACAUCAGAUCCAGUGAAGGAGGCCACGUACCCGACCCCUCCAGGCUCCAUAACCUUUCUCUCCAUUGAAACAAAGAGCAUUUCAUUGUCCUGGGGAGACCCAAUAAAUAUGACCAACGCGGAGAAGUCUUUUAAUGUAACUUAUAGAACUUCUUCAGGUACAAGGAGUGUCUCAAGUAACGUGUCAAACAUCAACCUCCAGAACCUCACAUCUGGGACAAAGUACACUAUUUCUGUAGUAACAGUUGGAGCCCGGGAGUAUCAGAGUUCUGCUGUCAGCAGAGAUGUUUACACAAUACCUGGUUUAGUGGGAUCCAGAAAUAUCCAGUUGACCAAUAUGAAUUCCACUAAUUUCCUUCACGUUAAUUGGACAAAAUCAGAUGGAAUAGUGAGUUAUUACAAUGUUACUCUAAACGGAGACGUCAAUAGAACGAUCCAAACGAAUUCUACCACAGCGGAUUUCCCCAACUUACUCCCGGGCAGAGAAUACUCGGUCAUCAUACAGACAGUGAGCGGGACCUGCAGCCGGACGUCAGAUCCAGUGACUGAGGCCACGUACCCGACUCCUCCAGGCACCAUAACCUCUCUCUCCACCGGAACAAGCAGCGUUUCAUUCUCCUGGGGAGACCCAAUAAAUAUGAAGAAUGCAACAAAGUCUUUUAAUGUAACUUAUAGGAAUUCUUCAGGCACAUGGAGUGUCUCAAGUAACGCGUCAAACAUCAACCUCCAGAACCUCACAUCUGGGACUAAGUACACUAUUUCUGUAGUAACAGUUGGUGCACAGAAGUAUCAGAGUUCUGCUGUCAGCACAGAUGUUUACACAAUUCCAGGAGUUUCUCAGAAUAUCAUCGUGAAAAACAACAAUUCUAUCAAUUCCCUUUUGGUGACCUGGAUAGAACCACCAGGGACAGUGAGUUAUUACAAUGUUACUCUGAGAGGAGUCGUCAAUCAAACAACCCAAACUAAUUCUACCGGAGUGAAGUUCAACGACUUACUCCCGGGCAGAGAAUACUCGGUCACUAUACAGACAGUGAGCGGGACCUGCAGCCGGACGUCAGAUCCAGUGACUGAGGCCACGUACCCAACCCCUCCAGGCUCCAUACCCUCUCUUUCCCCUGGAACAAACAAUGUUUCAUUGUCCUGGGGAGACCCAAUAGAAAUGACCAACGCGGAGAAGUCUUUUAAUGUAACUUAUAGGAAUUCUUCAGGGGCAUGGAGUGUCUCAAGUAACGUGUCAAACAUUACCCUUCAGAAUCUCAGAUCUGGGACAAAGUACACUAUUUCUGUAGUAACAGUUGGAGCCCAGAAGUAUCAGAGUUCUGCUGUCAGCACAGAUGUUUACACAACCCCGAUGCCUGUAAGAAAUCUCAGGGCCAUAAAUGCGACUUCAGGUUAUGUUUUUCUGAUUUGGGAUACCCCUGAUGAGUAUAACAGUGAUUACUCCUACCGAGUACAAACCAAGUCAUCGUCCGGGAACCUGAUCAAUGAAACAACCGUAAGAUCUGAACUAUAUAAUGUAACAAAUCUAGUUGCCGGGGAAACGUAUACAUUCACCGUAUUUACAAGAGCGGGCGAUAACAUAACCGAGAGUCAGCCGGCCUCGUAUACGACCUGCACCGUUCCAGGAGUUUCUCAGAAUAUCAUCGUGAAAAACAACAAUUCUAUCAAUUCCCUUUUGGUGACCUGGAUAGAACCACCAGGGAAAGUGAGUUAUUACAAUGUUACUCUGAGAGGAGUCGUCAAUCAAACAACCCAAACUAAUUCUACCCGAGUGAAUUUCACCGACUUACUCCCGGGCAGAGAAUACUCGGUCACUAUACAGACAGUGAGCGGGACCUGCAGCCGGACGUCAGAUCCAGUGAAGGAGGCCACGUACCCGACCCCUCCAGGCUCCAUAACCGCUCUUUCCACUGGAACAAACAAUGUUUCAUUGUCCUGGGGAGACCCAAUAGAAAUGACCAACGCGGAGAAGUCUUUUAAUGUAACUUAUAGGAAUUCUUCAGGGGCAUGGAGUGUCUCAAGUAACGUGUCAAACAUCAACCUCCAGAAUCUCAGAUCUGGGACUAAUUACACUAUUUCUGUAGUAACAGUUGGUGCCCAGAAAUAUCAGAGUUCUCCUGUCAGUGAAGACGUCUGCACGGGUAAGUUUCCUUUAUAUGCCUCAUUUUGGGCACCUGUUAAACCACAAAUGGAAUAUAGAAACUCCCGCAUAAACACGAUUUCAGCUGUAAAUUGCAUCAUUAAAGGUUUAAUGUUUUGUGACUUCUCUUCACAUCACAACUAUCCUACUGUAACUUCAGCCGGAGAUUUUUUUUUUUUAAAAAUGUUUCCCGCAGCUGUUCUUUCCUUUAGUUGUGCUGCUUUUUUUGGACAGGCUUCCCUCUCAUUGAAGUGGACAUGUCCUGACACCUUGUUCACUAACUUUGGUCUGACGCUAACUAGUCAAGGGUCAUUCAGAGAACUAAAUAUCUCUAGGAACUGCAGUGCUGGGUCACCAGAAUUUAAUGUCACAGAUUUAAUGUUUUUUACUGAAUACUCCAUAAGUAUCACCACGUUGGCCUGCAAGAAAGCAAGUGAUGCUAAAAUUUCUUCUUGUCAGACUUCAAUAGGAAGACCGCCAGAUAUAAAUACGCAGAUUAUAGAGCUGGCCGGACCCUCUUUAUAUGAUCAAUUCGAUAUUACAUUCCGUGAAUUUAAUGACUCAAAUGGACGCAUAGUAGCUUACGCUGUCAUCGUCACUGUGGGAAUUAAUGUUACCGGCCAAAAACCUCGUCCAGGUAUACUCUCCAAGACAUAUUCUGAUCAUAAAACCGGGUCCACAAACACGUAUGUCACACGUAUCGUGAAUACCACACAGAGGACAACGAGUGGAAAUGGUCUAAUAACAGUGCGGGUCGGAGACGGGUCUUCCACACGUGCCUAUACUAAUGGACCUCUGGCACCAUUAACAUCUUACUGGAUCAGUAUUGCUGGGUUUACGGCCAUUAACGACGGCAUGAUUAUGGAAGAUCAGUCCUUACUAUCCUAUUGUCCAUAUUCAUCCGAAUUUAAGACACCUGAGAAUACAGGUGUUAUCAUAGGUGCCGUGGUGGGAUGUAUCCUUGGAGUAGCUGCUAUCAGUAUCAUGGGAUCUUUUAUCUGGUGGAAAAGAAGACAAGGAGGAAAGAAGAAACGUGACUUCUUUGAGAACAAAAUGAAAAAUGUUGCAUAUAUUUUACGGAAUUUUUGGUUUGAAAGUGAUUCUAAACGGCUCCUGUUGUUUAAUAACAGGUCGCAGUCGAUAAGGUGCGUCAGCUUUGCCUCCCACUUCGCUAAGCAGCAGGCGGAUAUGAAUCUAGGCUUUAGCAGAGACUACGAGCGCCUUGCAUCUGUUGGGGUCACUCAAUCCAAAACGGCAGCUGAAGAUCCCGAAAAUAGGAGAAAGAACCGAUAUACCAAUGUUUUGCCAUACGACGUAUCUCGUGUUAAACUUUCCAUUAAGGACAACCCGACAGACGAUUACAUCAACGCGAACUACAUUCCUGGGUACAGGUCAGAUAAAGAGUUCAUCGCAGCACAGGGACCUUUGCCGCACACAGUGAAUGAUUUCUGGAGGAUGAUUUGGGAAAAGAACAUACGUACCAUUGUUAUUGUAACGAAAUGCGUGGAAUCUGGAAAGGUAAAAUGUGAGGAGUAUUGGCCUACAGGACGAGCAGCGCAUUUCGACAAAUUAGUAGUAUCUUUGAAAGGAGAAAGUGUCUUCCCUGAAUGGACGAUCCGAAAUUUCACAGUGACAAAUAAGACCAACAAAGAAAUUCAAGUGCGUCAAUUUCAUUUUACUGCCUGGCCGGACCACGGCGUUCCGAAGACAGCAAAUAUUCUGAUAAGCUUUAGGAACAUCGUCUGCGACUACACAAAACUCAUCCCCGACUCUCCGAUACUGGUGCACUGCAGUGCUGGGGUCGGCAGGACGGGUACUUUCAUUGCACUCGAUCGCGUAAUAAGACAAAUUGAAGCCGAGGACAAGUUAGACAUUUUUGGAGCUGUAUAUGAUCUUCGAAUGCAUCGCGUACUGAUGGUUCAGACCGAGAGUCAGUACAUCUUCCUGAAUCAAUGUGCGUUGGAUUUUAUCAAAGCCAAAGAAGACAAACCGGACCUUAUUUACCAAAACACCGCAGAAAUUUAUGAAAAUAUUUACCCGUCUCUUGGGGUCUUAAGAACAAACAUUUGAUGAGAGAGCCGCUUGAUGAUCUGACCUCAUGCAGGAAUAACUCUCGAGGAACUGCUACAAUGUUUCUGGCAUCCCAAGACAUAUCUGAAGAAAAGGAAAAGCACUUUCAAGGACUACUUGUUAAAAAAAAAGUUUUCAAAAAAAUACUUUAUUUCUAAUAAUUUAAUGUAUGGAAUGGUGUAAAUUUAUUUUUUUCUAGAAUCUGCUGGUAGGAUGGACUGUAUCUUAUUAUAUUAUUUCGGGAAAGGGAAAUAUUUUAUCGGACUGCGUCACAUUGAAAUGACAUUGAACCAAAAGUGAUUUUUUUCUAAUUGUUAUUGCACAUUUUUUUCAUGGGCGGAUUUCAGAAAGUUUACAUGAUAUUGGAAUAUGUUUUAAAGGAAAGUUCUGCUGUUUCUAGAAAUGUACAUUAAUGAAAGGUUAGAGCUUCAGCACAAAAUUUCCUCUAAAAUUAAGGAGAAUUACCUAAAAAAGAAAAUGAAAUAUUUUUUUGGGAUCCAAUAAUCAGAAUUGGAAUAUUAUUAUUUUUAUUUAUUGGCGCUAUAAGCUUGGCGUCUUCUUUUUAUUGGAAAGGUCUAACGAGGCAGCUUUUGAGAUCCUACUUGAAACCUGAUAUCCGGAACACUGAAUAAUUUAUACAACUUGAAACUCUGUUUAUUAAAUACUUUAAAUUCAAUAUCAUCGCAAAAAGAA